AUGGGAAACCGGUUACAUGUUAGCAAACAUCAUGAACGAAGAACAAGUUCCAUGGCUUACAAGAACCAGAGGUCAGAAACUAUUGUACAUAAAGUUGGCGAUCUUGUGAAACACAGUAGCAAUCUUCCUAGCUAUCUCCAGUGCGGGGGCAAAACUGGAAAUAUCCAAGAAAAAACUUUUGAUUUUGGAGUUCUUGACUGGAACCUUCUACAAAACUGGAAGUCCAACACCAAUCGCAUUACAAAACCAUCAAUCUCCAUCAAUAAUCCAGAACAAAAAAAUACUCAUAGCAAUAGCUCCAAUAACAUUCUAGUUGCCACUGUGAAAAAAUUACCAUCUGGGAAAGACGAUUCAAGUUUGACUUACACAUUCCACUCUGUUCAUGAAAUCAAGAACAAGAUUGUGGGGCAUAUGAAGAUUUCUAGUUCUUAUCAUGCUGAGUUUAGUGGACUAGAAAGAGACUUAUUUGUGGAAAGAGAAUCAGUAUUGUAUGAUCCUGAUUUUGGUCAAUCCGAGCUUGCUGCCAUUGUUGUCAAGAACUCAAGUAAAGAAAAGUAUGGAGGUUUAGGGAGGUCAAAAAGCACAGUGGUUGUUCUUCCUGGAAAUAUUCAUACAUUGCCAAAAAGUGGAAAACCUUCUUCUUUGAUUAACAGAUGGAAAUCUGGUGGAGCUUGUGAUUGUGGAGGGUGGGAUAUUGGUUGUGAGCUAAAAGUUCUUACUAAUCAGAGUGAAUCAACUGAAAUUUUAAAUCCAUCUAUCUCAGAUCAUAUCGAUCUUUAUUAUCAGGGAAGGGGCAAUAACAAUUGUGCUUUUAGUUUGGCUUUACUUGAGAAUGGUGUUUACUCGGUCGAAUACAAUGCAUCAAUGUCUUUGUUGCAAGUAUUCUCCAUUUGUGUUGCAGUUGUACAACAGAUGAUUGUGGGAAGGCGAAGGCGUGACCAUACACUUCCUUGA